GCGCAGCAGAGGGCAGAUAUCAGUGUCGAUGGCAUUCAUUCCCAGCUAUUCUUAGGAGCCUCUCAGGAGCUCCACACAGCCUGGCCAGGCAGCAAGGGACGGAGCAGAGGCCGCCGCUGUCAGCACCAGCAUGUCCUACAGCGUGACCCUGACAGGGCCUGGGCCCUGGGGCUUCCGUCUGCAGGGGGGCAAGGACUUCAACAUGCCGCUCACCAUCUCCCGGAUCACACCGGGCAGCAAGGCUGCCCAGUCCCAGCUUAGCCAGGGUGACCUCGUGGUGGCCAUUGAUGGCGUCAACACAGAUACCAUGACCCACCUGGAGGCCCAGAACAAGAUCAAGUCUGCCAGCUACAACCUGAGUCUCACGCUGCAGAAGUCAAAGCGUCCCAUUCCCAUUUCCACGGCAGCGCCACCAAUCCAGUCCCCUCUGCCGGUGAUUCCCCACCAGAAGGACCCUGCUCUGGACGCCAACAGCAGCCUGGCAGCACCCAGCCCCCACCCCGAGGCGAGGGCCAGCCCGGGCACCCCAGGCACCCCGGAGCAUGGGCUGACCUUUAGCUCCUCCUUCUCCCAGACCUCCGUCUUCUCCUCACACACGGAGGCCUCUGACCUCGGCCCUCCACGGGGCAGCCCGGGGGCCAAGACCAGCCUGAAGGGGGCCCUGGACUCACUCAGCCUGAAAGGCCCGCUGGGCUCGAGCCAGCCAAGGCAGUAUAACAACCCCAUUGGCCUGUACUCAGCAGAGACCCUGAGGGAGAUGGCUCAGAUGUAUCAGAUGAGCCUCCGAGGGAAGGCCUCAGGUGCCGGACUCCUAGGAGGCGCCGACUACCAGGAACGCUUCAACCCCAGCGCCCUGAAGGACUCGGCCCUGUCGACCCACAAGCCCAUUGAGGUGAAGGGGCUGGGUGGCAAGGCCACCAUCAUCCACGCGCAGUACAACACGCCCAUCAGCAUGUACUCCCAGGACGCCAUCAUGGAUGCCAUCGCUGGGCAGGCCCAGGCCCAGGGCAGUGACUUCAGUGGGAGCCUUCCUAUCAAAGACCUCACCGUGGACAGUGCCUCUCCUGUGUAUCAGGCUGUGAUUAAGAACCAGAACAAGCCGGAAGACGAGGCUGAUGAGUGGGCCCGCCGCUCCUCCAACCUGCAGUCUCGCUCUUUCCGCAUCCUGGCCCAGAUGACGGGCACGGAAUACAUGCAAGACCCUGACGAAGAAGCUUUGCGAAGGUCAAGGCCCCAGGCCUCUGCCUACAGUCCUGCUGUGGCCACCUCUCCAGCACCUGCCGCCCAUACAUACAGCGAGGCCCCAGCUGCCCCUGCACCCAAGCCCAGGGUUGUCACCACUGCCAGCAUCCGGCCUUCUGUCUACCAGCCAGUGCCUGCAUCUACCUACAGCCCAUCCCCAGGGGCCAAUUACAGUCCCACCCCCUACACCCCCUCCCCUGCCCCUGCCUACACCCCCUCCCCUGCCCCCACCUACUCCCCCUCACCUGCACCAGCCUAUACCCCCUCACCAGCCCCAAGCUAUAACCCCACGCCCUACAGUGGGGGCCCUGCGGAGUCUGCCAGCCGCCCCCCAUGGGUGACAGAUGACAGCUUCUCUCAGAAGUUUGCCCCGGGGAAAAGCACCACCUCCAUCAGCAAGCAGAGCCUGCCCCGAGGGGCCCCUGCCUACACCCCACCGCUGCAGGGUCCCCAGGUGUCCCCCCUUGCCAGGGGUACUGUCCAGAGGGCCGAGCGCUUCCCAGCCAGCAGCCGGACUCCGCUCUGUGGCCACUGCAACAGCAUCAUCCGGGGCCCCUUUCUGGUAGCCAUGGGCCGCUCCUGGCACCCAGAAGAGUUCAACUGUGCCUACUGCAAGACCUCCCUGGCAGAUGUAUGCUUUGUGGAGGAGCAGAACAAUGUUUACUGUGAGCGGUGUUAUGAGCAGUUUUUCGCCCCAGUCUGUGCCAAGUGCAACACCAAAAUCAUGGGGGAAGUGAUGCACGCCUUGAGACAGACGUGGCACACCACCUGCUUUGUCUGUGCAGCCUGCAAGAAGCCCUUCGGGAAUAGCCUCUUCCACAUGGAAGAUGGGGAGCCCUACUGUGAGAAAGACUAUGUCAACCUGUUCAGCACCAAGUGUCAUGGCUGUGAUUUCCCCGUGGAGGCUGGUGACAAAUUUAUCGAAGCCCUGGGGCAUACCUGGCACGACACCUGCUUCAUCUGCGCAGUCUGCCAUGUGAAUCUGGAGGGGCAGCCAUUCUACUCUAAGAAGGACAAACCCCUGUGCAAGAAGCAUGCACACGCCAUCAACGUGUAGGGAGCCCAGGGCAUCUGAUGCGAACGGGCAGGAAGCUGCUGCUGCUGGCAACCAAGGAUUCAAGGAGGCUGAUGUUUCUUUUUUGGGGGGAAAGGAGAAGACCAGAAGUGACUGAGCCCUUUGAAGUAUAACUUUAGUCCUUUCUUCUGCACACAGAUCGUGUAUUUGCAUAGUUCAGCCUAGAAGCCAAAUGAAGAUUCCUGAACCAAGCUAGUCAUUAAUCCAAGACUGGAAUUGUACUUCGAACAUUGAGGACAGAAUUCCAAGAACUCAAACGUGAAAAAAAAACCUAACUUUCCCAAAGCAAUACACUUCCCUGAGCUCACCAGAGCAGUGACAGAGCUCAGAGCAGUUUUGGAGAAUCGGAAGCGUUCUCCAGAGUUGUGUAGAGCGCCUCUGGCAAACAAAAUGAAGUGCCAAACAGUCCUCACUGCAGGGUAUUUUUAGAGCCCUAGCUGAGAGCUUGUUAGCUAAGACCAAUUGGGCUUUCUUCACCAAAAAAGGAAGUGUUAUUCCGUGACUCGCGUCAUGGAGCUACCUCUGCACAUCAGACUUCAGACCUUGCCGGGGUUUGGACAUUCUCAAGGGAGCCCAGACAUCGGAGAGAUGGCUUCUGGGAGCUGCUGGGCAAUAGACAGGGCAAGGACAGGGCUGGCACCACAAACAGCUGAGGAAAGGAGGGCUCUUCGGCUGCCCUCUUUCAGUCUGAAACAUCCAGUGUCCCUAGAAGGCUUAGCUUCUUUUUGAAUUGUGGUGGGAAAGUGGAAUUGGGUUUUUCCAGUUUUGCUUUGCUGUGUGUGAGAGAUUUUAAAAUGACUUUGGGCUGUGUUUGGCAUGAAUGUCUUGUCUUGUGCAUGUGUUUCACUCCCAAUCCUGUGAUGGCUCACUGAUAGAGUCUUCCUCAGCAUCCCUUCCCUCAACAGGCUUAGUGACCUGCGGAAGAGAGAAAGACAGUGUCUGAAACAGGAUGGCAGAAUAGGCUGAGGACAUGCCCACACUCUGGGUGGGGAAGAGGAGCCUUUCUUUCUGCCAGCUUCAGUAAUAACGCAGAAGCUGGCAGGAGCUCCCACAUCAGAGCAGUACCAACCUUUUUGUCCUUUAAACACGGCAUAUUGAUUAUAUAUAGUUGUGUUGCCUGCUGGAAGGGAGAGAUGGCCUGUUGGAUACAUAUGUGCCAUUUUGGCCAGUAUUUUUAAAAAGUAGGAGCUAAGUUGAUCUAGCAAUUAUUUAAGUACUUAUUGAAAUAGACUUGGGUCUUCAAACUUCUUUAAAAUAUUAGUGAUAGUUUGAGUUAAGCAUUUUAAAGUUGUUUGGUGAUAAAGAGAGAAGCUUAGUGUCUGAGGUUGGAAAUGGUAUAGUCUUCCGCUUUUACGAAGCGCUGUUGUGAUGCUCACAGCACACGGCACUGAGGCAGGAGGUUUGAGUGGAUAUUUCUCACUGGAGCACAAUACUUAGGUGCUCUUCCAACUCACUGCUACUCUCUCUCACUCUUGUUUUGGAUUUUCUCUUUGCACGUUUGAAAUGUUUUAUGAGGAUGCAUCAGAACACUUUUUCUUCUGAGAACUAAGGCUUCCAGAGGACUGACUUUCUACCUGAGGGAGAAGGAAGCAGCUAGAUAUGUCUCUAGCAGGAGGCGUAUGUUUUGUCUUGUUUUGUUUUUUUACAAGGAAGGGUGAAGCCACCAACAUCCCCCGGGGAGCACUAGGAAGGACAUAAAUGUGUUCCUAUCACAGGGCCCUACUUGACCUUUGGUGCCGUGAGAAAGUGAAUAUAAAGCACCAGGCAGAGUGAAAUCCGCCAGGAGUGCCUAGAGAUUUUUCAGAAGCUGCCAACAAGCAUUCUGUUAUUUUUGGAAAGUUCAAAUAUACAGGGACAAGGAGGUUGCUGACUGUACAGAAAGGCUCUAGGCAGAUUUUCUCUUUAAAAAGAAAAAAGAAAAAACUAUUAAAUUAUCAGGGACCGGUCUCAAAGAAAGGGAAAAAAUUUCCCUAGAGUUAAGUUUCCAAAAGUAUCAUUUUAAAAGGUUACACACACACACACAGACACACACACACAUAACUUUAUCAUAGUUGUUUAUUGAAUCAUUUUUUUUUACCUCUCAGAGCUAGUAUAGAUUCUGAGGGACUCUUAUAUUUACCACAACACAAAACAAACAAUAACAACACCACCAAAAACCAUUUUAAAGGUAGCAGGAAAAGCAGAUAGUUUGGGUUAAGGUUGUAUCUAUUUCAGGUUAAUAUUAUGGGUGUCCUACAACACCGAACACAGUUUUUAAUAGUUCAUGGUGGGGAGUACACUAUGGAUCUACAGUUCUUGUCUCCUCAUUGUUGACAUUUAUUUAACAUUUAUAAACAUUAACUUUUUGCAACUGAGUGACUUAAUGUCUGCAGUGUUUGUGUUAGGAAUCUAGCUUUUAUAAUGUUAACUUUUCAACCCAGGUAUUCUUGCUUUGGGAUUUUUUUUUUUAAUUUUAACAUUUUUGAAGUAUGUUAGAGGUGUGCACAAAAAUGCUUUGCAUGUUUUUUGGCCUGUGUGAAUUUGUUUUAGCAAAAUAAAACCCCAAAACGGAUGUGCAAAUACAGA